AUGGGUGAAUUCGACUGGUUCUCCAAGAUCGGGGCCACGAAAGAGGCCGUCGCCGUGCUCAACGAUCAGCCCAUCCUCUUCACCAUCCUCAUCAUCGUGCUGAUCGCUGUUGCACUUCUGAUCACCCUCAUCUGGUACAUCCACUACGCCACAAUGAAGCCAGGCCAGAAGAAGAAGAAGCCGACCGACGCGAAACCGCCGGCUAAGAGAUAG